AUGAGCGGCGUCUCGCACGUGACUCCCAGCCGCAGCGUGCUGAUGGGUAACGGAUCCGAGCCCAACCGGCGAAACGGAACUAUCGGUGUCUCCCCUGCUAAGCUGGCAAAGACGGCGGAUGCAAGUUUGAAUGGACAAAUGAGUGAUGUUCCACAAAAUAACGUGCUUAUAAGGAGCGGGGGUAAUGAUUAUAGUGGCGGGAAGGGCCGAACGUUAAAGAAGUCGGGUUCCGUGACCGCUGGAAGCGAUCCAGUGGCAACGCAAAAGUCGCAGGCCCAGUCGCAGGUGGCGUCGCAGCUGUCGUCGCAAAUCCCGCCGCAGUCGCACAUCCACGCCAUGGACGGAAAUAGAUUGCUGUCGCAGUCGUCGGGGCUGAGAUUGGCUGAGCUCUACGCAUUGGCGAUGCAGCAGAAACAGGAAGCCCAUAGCGAAGGAAAUGGGGACAUGGGAGGUGGUCAUGGGGAUGAGGAACCCGAAAGACCAGCGGAUUUGUACAGUAGUGACCUAGGGUUCCGUGCGAGUGAGGCUGAUACGAGACCGGAUCCGCAAGGGGAUGUGUCGACGCAAAUCCAUGCGCAGCAGUCGGGCGGGCGGAAAAGCGGAGAAGGCGGAGCAGGGGCACCUGAACGAGCAGCCACCUCAGCAGCUGAACAGGUGGCACGAGCUGAUUCGGCAGCAGGCGGUGCAGUUACAACAGCUGCUGCAGCAGGCAGAGCACCGGCCGGGUUUCCCAGCACAGCCAGCAUUGGGGAGGUUGUCCCGGAGGCAGAACGUAGAGCAGCAGGACGGAUAGGAGGGGCAGGAGGCUCAGGAGGGGCAGGAGGGACAGGAGGGACAGGAGGGACAGGAGGGACAGGAGGGACAGGAGGGACAGGAGGGACAGGAGUGUCACGAGGGACAGGAGGCGUAGGAUUGACAUCAGAGGCAUCAUUAGGCGGAGGAGCCACAGGAGGAGGCGCAGGAGGGGUUGCUGCAGGCGGGGAACUGUACAAAGAGGUGGAAAUGGUGGUGGACAGGGGGCGGUCACACCUGCUGUCCGAAGCAGCACGAGCGAAGCAUGACGCUGCGAGGCUGAGAGCUGACGUGUCGCACAUGUGGCGGGAGGUGGCGAGAGCUAAAGAAGACGUGGCACGGGCGCGGGAAGAAGGGGCAAGAAUGGCGGAGAAAGCAGCAGGGUCGUUAGAGCAGGCAGCCGUUGCACUGGAGCUUGCGGCAGCCUGCGAACAUGCAGUGGGGGCUUGUGUGGGGAAAGAAGGGGAUGGGAGCGCUGGGAUUCGCGUGGUUGUGAGAAUUGACAAUGCCGUGGGUGCAGGGGCGUUCGGGGGAGGACCAGCAGGAACGGGAGCCACGUCCACUCCCUCGUCUGCAGCUUCCUCGCCACGGUCCCUCCAUGCCGAGCCGUUUGGUUCGGCCGUACGGUCGGGAAGCGGUGGUAGUGGUGUUGGGUUAGGGAGCGGGCCUGGGAGCAACAGCAGCAGGCCUGGUAGUGCGUCCAGUCGCCCCGGCAGUGGGAGAAUGAGAUUAGCUGCAGGAGGUGGUAGUGCCGGCAGUGGAGUCAUAGGGAGUGGGAAUUCUGAUGGCAGUGAUGCCAAGGGGUUGGAGGGCUCUGUGGCUGGUGCAGGGAGUGGUGAUCUCUCUGCCGCUGCUUCUUCUGCUGCUACGUCUGGAGCAGGAGCAGGAGCCCCUCCAGUUCGCCGAAUAUCCUCUGCAGUAGCGGCAGGGUCGGGCCGUGGAGUGGGUAGCGCUGCAGUUGCUGCUGGGAGUGCGGGAGGCAGAGGUGCCACGCGAGGGGUGGCUGGAAGAGGGGGGCUGGCGGUGGGUGGUAUGGGUGGCGGGGGAGGGGGUGUUGGAGGAGGAGGGGGCGGAGCAGGGGGAGGAGUAGUGGGGGGAGGAGGUGGAGGAGGAUGGGCAGGAGUAGUAAGCAGGCCUGGCAGCUCUGGUAGUAUGCGGAGUAUGGGCAGGGGGGGAGGCGACAGGGGAGCUGCAGAGGCGGGAGGAGGAGGAGGAGGGGGAGGAGGAGGAGGAGGAGGAGGAGGAGGAGGAGGAGGAGGAGGAGGAGGAGGAGGAGGAGGAGGAGGAGGAGGAGGAGGAGGAGGAGGAGGAGGAGGAGGAGGAGGGGGAAGGAUGAUGGUGAAAUCCGGAAGUCUCUCUGGCAGGACCCCUCCUAGUGCUCAUGAGUCGGUGGCUCGUAGCGACAGCAGCAGGAGCGAGGAGCAGAAGUUGCCAAGACAAGCAGGCCCUUCUGCAGGUGGUGCGGCUGUCACGAGUGCAGAGGUCACAAAGGUGGUGAACCGUGCCGGAAGCUCUGCAGCGGCGGCGGCGGGGGGGAGGGGAGGGGUGCAGUUGUUGGGCGUUGGAGGGGAUGGGAGCCGGUUGCUUUCACGCGCUCAGAGCUGCAGUGUUGCAGAACUGGACUUGAUGCCUCCGGAGCUCAUGAAAACCACGUCGUUCCAUGCGCAUAGUGGCCAGGGCAAGGAGUUUUUCCUCCGGCAAGUCACGCUCCCCACACAGCGCACGUCUGCUGCUGAGGAUUCUUCUGCUGCUGCUGCAGGGCCUGCUGCGUCUUUCGAGGCGCCUCGAAAGGCCUCUGCUGCUGGACCUGCUGCGUCGGCUGCAUCUGGUGCUGCUGAUGGUCGUGGUGGGGGAAGAGUGGUCAAAGCAACUAGAUCAGCCAGUAGUGGUGGUGGUGGUGAUGGUGGUGGUGGUGGGGUCAGCAGUGGUGGUGCUAGGACCGUUGCUGCCCCUGCUGCUCCUGCUGGGAAAGCAGCAGUACCGGCUGGUGCUCUAUCAGCAUCCGGAGUUGCAGGAAACAAGGGGCAGGCUUUGAGGGGAGGGGGGAGAGGGGCAGGUGGAUCGACAGGGAGGGCUGUGGCAGGUGGUGGAGGUGCGAUUGGUGUUCAGAAUAGAGCGGCAGGAAGGGGAGGUGAGGUGGGUGGGAGAGAUAGGCCUUCUGUAGAGGACACUGCGUCUUCGUCUAUGCAGUCUGAUUAUGGUGAUGAGGAGGAGCUGGAGGAAGGUGAGGUGCAGGAUGAUGGUGUGAGCGAGGAAGACAAUGGUAGCGAUGGUGAUGGGAGAUAUGAAGAUUUAGAAGCUGGAGGGGAAGAUGAUGGGGAAGAGGAGGAUGGAGCAAGCGAUGGUCAGGAAGAAUGGGAAGGCGAGGGAAAAGUAACAGUGAAGGUGGGGAUAUGUGAAACGUGGGAAAGGAAUGUGCAUAAUGUGUUGAGCUAG